AUGCAUUCUACAAUUCACAUUAACAGGAAAAUCGAACGAACAAUGCCACGUCUAGGAGUUUUCGUAGUUCUGAUAGUGUGCGCCUUAGCAUGCGCUGUAGACUCCAGACGGCUGAUGGUGCAGAGAGGAUAUUAUGAUGAGCCAUUAUUUAGGGCCUCAUAUCGAGAACCAUCUGUCUAUUUAAGAAGGUCUACUUUUGGAUUGGGCAGAUCAUCCAACUCUUUAAGGCCACGGAGAAUUCAAUCAGGAAGGAUCUUAGAUUUGGGAUUUCCUGAAACACGUCAGAGAAAUUCACUUUCUUCUCUUUUCAAUAACCGUAAUGGUCAACUCGCCAGGACGAGCAGCAGAGAAGUGUUGGGAAAUUCUCCAAGAACAUCCCAACACCACCAGAGUGCUCGACUCCUGCAAGGUUUGCGUCGGGUUCAAGAACCAAGACGAAAUAUGGCCUCCGUUUUGGACACACUAAGACAACGUCAGGCAAUACCAUCAAGCAGAGAAGUUCUUGGGAGUUCUGUUUUUGGACAUUCUCAAAGGGCACUUCAACCGAAUCACAGAGAAAGACAAUUGACACGAAUGAUUCAAGUACAGGAACCAAGGAAAGUCAUUGCUAAGGUAUCGAUAUCGAGAAAAGCUGCAAGCGGCAAAAGUAGUAAGGAAGUAAUUGGACAAGCGGUACCCGUAUUUGCAGAACAACCAGCUCAGUCUGCUGAUAUGGGAAAAAUUAUUGACAUUAUCCAAGAGCAACGAAAACAGCAAAAUAAAUUACUUGAACAAAAGCAAAAGCAACUUCAAAAACAACAAGAGCUUGUACACAAAAGUCUACAAAAGCAACAAGAAGAACUCCAAAAAAUGCUUCAAAAAAAUUUAGAACAGCGACAAAAACAACAGCAACAACAGGUGAAAUUGACCAGUAAGGAAGUUAUGGGACUUUGGUAACAAACAAUCUGGAGUUUAUAACCUACGGCCAGAAAGUAAAAAGUCCUGUUGCAAUGACGUUUCAAAACGUAUCAAUAAAAUGCCCUCUAUUGUGUAUGGCAAUUGUUAUUGAGAACAAGUUGAAAGAAGCGAAAUGAACGACAUAUUGCCACGAUAUCUGAUGGUUUUUCACCACAGUUGGGUUUGUUUUGUUAUUGAAUUCUUCCUUGUUAAUGUCUUAAAUAAAUCUUGAUUAUCAAGUUUUAAAACCUAAA